AUGUACCGCCCCAAUGACGUACUGCUCGAAGGUCACAGACUAUCGAAUCUGUUCAAUACCCAGGAUGAAGAUUGGCACAACCAAAACAUCCGCCCCAUUCGGGGUCUUUGGAGUAUGACCAAGGUCCUCGAAUAUGAGCCAUUCAUCGAUGAAACAAUCUUCAAGUUCGUGGACAAGAUCGCGUUGAGAUUCGUUGACGGCGAUUGUGCUGGGAAAGUCUGUCCGGCGGACGAAUGGAUUGGUUUCUUUGCUUGGGAUGUCACGGCUAAUUUCAGCUUCGGUCGUCAUUAUGGGUUCCUCGACCAAGAAAGAGACGUUGACAACCUCAUCACAGAUUCAACUGCUGGCCUGGAAUAUUUUGCACCUGUCUCUCAAAUCCCAUGGAUUGACAAUAUCCUGGACAAGAACCCUAUCAAACGUAUUGGUCCCAAGCCCACCCUGACGGGUGUGCUGUAUGCCUUCAAGGUUGUCGCGGAAUACCAGAUGCACUUGACAGAAAACAAAAUCUCUGCAGGCACCCUUCAUCAUACGCUCGACAAAUAUGUAGAACUGAAGAAAGCCAACCCGGAAAUGGUAGAUGACAACCAGAUAGUGAACUGGCUCAUGCUAAGCAUUUUGGCUGGAGGCGAUACCAGCUCUGCCACAAUGCGAGCCGUGGUAUACUAUCUAGCGAAGUCAUCAUCUUCGAUGGCUCAGCUGGUUGCCGAGCUUGAAGGCGCCGCUAUCUCCGCUCCCGCUCCAUGGAAGCAGAUCCGGGACCUGCCAUAUCUGGACGCUAUUAUUCGCGAAGCUCUCCGCAUAAACCCGGGUAUUGCUAUGAUCUUUGAGCGUGUCGUUCCGCAAGGUGGGUUUACACUCCCGGACGGGCGGUAUCUCCCUGCAGGAACCAAGGUCGGCAUCAACCCCUUUGUCACCAACCGUGACCACGGCGUAUUUGGGGCCGAUGCUGAUGAGUUCAACCCGGAUCGUUGGCUGCAAGGGAAGAAUGAAAGCCUAGAAAGCUUCGAGGAACGUUCUCGUCGGAUGAAGGAUACUGUGGACUUUGUCUUUGGUGGUGGUGGUCGAGUCUGCAUGGGCCGGUACCUGGCCGUGUUGGAGAUAAAGAAGCUGAUCGCAACGCUAUACAGCACAUUUGAUAUCCAGCUCAAAGACCCGAAUCACGAGUGGAAGUACCGAAAUGCCUGGUUCGUGUAUCAGUAUGACAUGCCAAUGAUCAUUCGGCGCCGCUGA